GAACGAGUCAAAAAGAUUGGUCAUUUGCUGGCCAUGAUGGCUCCCUGGAAAGCACCCAUCUACAUCACUCGAGUCUGGCGCAUUUUCGAGAUCUUUAAGGCUCAUACCUCAGAUGUGUGCAAGGUGGAUAUUGUAAUGCCACCUAGGGAAAAGCAAUCUCUAGAGCAGGAUGUUCUUGAUAAUGAAGGAGGCAUCAAUUCUCUGUAUGAGGCUCUGGGCAACACCCAAGUUCAAAAUGCCAAGUCCUCGGUUGAGAGUGACAGGCUGGCUAUUCUCAGCCAAGUAGAAUCAAAUGUUGGAUACCCUGUACUCAACAAUUGGGUCAAUGACUCGUUGCGUGAAUGGAUGCUAGGAGUCUUGACUCAGCUGGUUUCCACCAGAGAAAACACAAAUGAUGAAGAUUAUGCGAAUUUUUGUAACAAAGUUGGGUCUAUACUUUUGGCAAAUGGAGAACAUGAUGCAGCCAUGAAACUCCACCACACUGCUCUGGAUAUUUGUGUGUCUGUGUUAGGUGAGAAUCACAGAGAAACCGCAGACAGUUACGGCAAUAUUGGUUCUGUUUUGAAUGAGAUGGGUGACUAUGAAGAUGCUUUGACAAAGCACAAGGAAGCUCUUGCUAUUAGACUGUCUGCAUUGGGCAAGAAUCAUCUUGAAGUGGCAAAAACCCAUAACAACAUUGGUUCUGUGCUGAACAGUAUUGGUGACUAUGAAGGUGCUUUGGCAAAGCACAAGGAAGCUCUUGCCAUUCAACUGUCAGCAUUGAGCAACAAUCAUCCCGAUGUGGCAACCACAUACAAUGAGAUGGGUGACUAUGAAGGUGCUUUGGCAAAGUAUGAGGAGUGUCUUGCCAUUGAGUUGUUCGUACAUGGCAAGAAUAAUCCCGAUACUGCCAGCAGCUACCACAACAUUGGUUCUGUCCUGCAAGAGAUGGGUGACUAUGAAGGUGCUUUGGCAAAGCACAAGGAAUGUCUUGCCAUUGAGUUGUCGAUACAUGGCAAGAAUCAUCUUGAUGUGGCGGCCAGCCACAACUAUAUUGGUUCUUCUUUGGAAGCGAUGGGUGACAAUGAUGAAUCAUCCUGA